AUGCUAGGAAAUUUGAACACUCCUUACAAAACUCAGUCUCUUAAAGACCUUCCAAAGCAAAAAAUUGACGUCCACCAAUCUGACUUCGGAGCCUGAACCGACAACAAUCACUAUCGCACAAGCUAUGUCGAUAUGUCUCAAAAGCAUCCAUUAUCUCCCAAAACAACUGCAAACCCUGGCUAUGCAGGUUACAUCCCAGGAGCAGUCUCUGAUAACAACUUUGCCAAGACCUUCGCACGUGUAUCCCGUGAACAAUUGACAAGAGAAAAGUACCUUCCUGAAAGAGUUACACAGUAUUUUCCAAAUCGCCCCUUCACGACUACCUCAAUAGGCAGAACUUUAUAUAAAUUUGGAGGAGGGCUUGACGAUGAGUAUCAUAGAGUUUCCCAUUUCCAUGGCCAAGCAACUAUUCCUAAAGAGCAUCCAAAUGUAGCGAAUCAUCAUUGGGACACUACUUAUAGGUCCACUUUUCUGAAUCAAGAAAAAGAAAGACCAAGGCUCUAUAGGUCGACAAAUUCUGGGUUCUGGAAAAAUACGGAAUGCUCAAAGAGACCAUCAACUCAAGCUUCAGGGUUUGUGCAAAAUUCGACACUUUUUGAUGGACAUGGGUGGCUACCUGUAAAAGAAAUGCAUGGGAAUAUGAGAGAUACGGAGUAUAGGAAGAGAUUUAACCCUGAAGUGCCAUUUCAUCCUGUAGCGUUGAAGCCCAAUGAGAGGAAGCUUAAAAAAAGAGCAUCAGUUUAA